CAAAACAAUGAGUCACCAUAUGUUUCCAAGCCUGCAGGCGGGGAUCUGUUCAAGUGCUAAGGUUGUUUGACCUUGUUGUGUUCACAGAUUCCUUCAUGUUUUGUACUGUGGAUAACACUUGAGGGAUAAGAUGACUAAGUGAGAAGGCCGAGGGGAUUUUGUAAUUAAAAAGCGUCAAAGAUGAGUGGGAGUAGACAAAGUCGACUUCCAGUGUCAAAGCAGCUGUUCAGUGUAUUUCCUAAAAUACACACUUCUACAUUGAUUUUAUCCAAAAGAAUAUUAUAUCAUUUGUUGGAGCAAUCCUUAAAAAGAACCUUGAAAGAAUCUUUCCAGAGAAGGCCGAUCUUUCCCCUUUUCUAAGUGCCAUAUUUUCUUAGUCAUCAUAAAAGUUUUUUUUUUUUAUUACCUUCACUCAGACUUGGAGAUUCACAGCAGCACUGUGGGAGAUAAAACCAUCCUUUCAUCCAUAAUCUGGCAGCCUCGUGACCUACAAAAUACCAUUUACUCAACUGAUAAGAUAAAAGAUACAGGCGCUUCCCCGCUGCAACAUCUAUAUAAGCCCUGGCAGUACAUCUGGACACGUUUUGCGACAGGCCUACAUACAUUAAAGCACAUUGGAGUCUUGUUACAUGAAGCUAAUGAAGAGUAAAACUGGGACAUUGCAGUUGAGCUGGUGGUUGCCCCUAUUAAUUAGUAACUUAUCUUGUUCUCGUAAAGAGAAAUGUUAGACAUCUUUCCACCAGAGCUCUGCCUCUGAUCACUAGUGUGACAAAUAGAUAUCAAGUUGUCCCCAUGGCAACACAUGUGGAGGUCUUUACAAUGUAUGAAGAACUGUUGCAUUGGUUUUAAGAGCAGAAUAAGGGCCAUUUAUGAGAGGGCAGAUUUGUGAACAUUUUUUAUAUAAGUGACUCUGUUAAAUUUGCACAAUUAUAGUAUUUUUUUCAACUGCAAAAUGUCACCUUGUAAUUUUGCCGCUUUUUUUUCUAACAAAGGAAACCUCAGAGUUCAGACAUUUGAAGUUGCUUCCUGUAUUUUACAAAUCAGCCACAUGGUGUCGCUCUCUGAGUGUUUUCCACAAUAGUAAAGCAUCAUUCUUGUUGCAUGACGUCUGCAAAUUGUGUGUCUUUGCGUAGGGGACAACAGAUAAAUAGGGUUUGAGCAUUUUUAACAAGCUAGUUAAUCGAUAUUGUUGAGCUCAGAGAGACAUUUCUUCUGUCUGGUGUUCUGACUAACAGGCCACGGCCGCAUGCCUGGAAAGCGACAUUCUGUAAAGUUCCUGUGGUUGUGGAAAGGUUACGGUGUUUUCCCGCUGCUGCCACCUGCCAAGCCGCGGAGAGGAAAUGAGAGUUUGGUGCAACUUCUGAUGCUGACCAGGGUGACCUGAGCAGCACAGUCUGGAAGCAUGAAGAAAAAUGAAACACAGGAAAAAAUGAAGUCCUAACCGACUCAUAGACAUCUGUUUUCAGUUCUUACUCAGUGAGAAUCUCAUUACAACCAUUAUGCAGACUAGAUUAUAGAUUUUUAGAGCAAAUUUUUCAACUGAUGCUCAUUAUACACUCUGGAAGGAGGCUUAAGCUUUCUUUUCUAUGCUUUUGUGUUUGACAGAUGCGUUUUAAAUUCACCAGCUCAAAAGUUUAGGUUUGUAAUUAACUUGUCCUCUAUAAUCAUUUAAAUAACAGUAUCAGUAGCUGUUGGUCAGGGCCAGACUCCAUUAAGCUAAUCUCAGUAAUGUGUGCAGCUGCAGAUCAGGUAGAUUUGUCAGUCUAAUCAGCUGGCUUGUGCUGCUACAGCUGUAAAUCACAUUAGGCCUGAUUGGGCGGCUGCUGAGCUGGCUGCUUUAGGGAGCAGCAACAGGCCACACAUUGGUCACAGAUAUGCUGUGAAGACAGGAUUACAGAUAAAUAUGUUAGGUGCCUGCCCCAGGAAAGAAGACAAAGAGCAAUCACACUCUUUCAGCGUCUGGAUACAUGGUUCAGAGCCAUCAUUAAGACUGAUAAAAGACCAUAACCAAAAGGAUUAGAAAGUGCUUGAGCAGGAAAUUGUCUUCGUAUCUAAGACAUUGUAAUUGUUUCAUCUCCAAAUGACCCAUUACUUCCUAAUCGAAUGAAACUACGAAUCCUAACUUCGUACUCAGGUUUGUCAUUUGACAGAGAACCAUGCAGCAAAGUGCAUACGUUUCACAACUGACUAUCUGAUUUAACCUUGCAAACAUGUUUGUAUUGCGUGAAAUUAGCAGCCAGUGCCAUGGCGGAGCAUUUACACCUCAAAACUGCAGCGUAUUGAUGACUGUCUCAAAAAUAUGGAGCUAGAGUUCCCUGAUUUCAUACGUAACAAACCUGAGGAAACAAUCAUGCUAACUAGCAGGGUGAUUAUCCUUCUUCAGAACUGGUUUCUGGUUUUAAACAUGUCUGGUUGAGAUACUCCAAUAUUGCAACUUGCCACUGUGUAAGUGUAGAUUUACAAUGGCUGAGCAGUCACAGGUGAGCUGGUGUGCUCGAGUUGCAAUGAAGAGGGAGGGGUGAGACGAGAAGCAAGGACGUAGCCCUUUAAGCUGCAGUCAAUUCCAGCCAUUUUCAGUACAAAAAAUCGCUAAUAUUCUAUUUGUAAAUAAAAAUAUGACGAGAAAUACAGGGAAUAUUGGACGCGCAUCGCGAGGUGCAUUUCCUUGAAAACGACCUAUUCGUGGAGUAUAUACCGACUUCAAGACAUGUUUUGGACAAAAUAUUUUACUGGCUUGUUUCGUCUGGAUGUCCAAGGUUGGAUUAUGGCUGUUUUUUGUGGAAUAUUUUCGUCUGUGUGUAAUAAUGAACCCGGAAAUGUGAGUCGCGCUGUGUAUGUUAAAGCCGUGUAUAGAGAAUGGAUGGAUGGAUAUUCGUUGUUUGUCGGACAAAUGUGUUUAUGUUACCCGCUGUGGUAAUCACAUCUGAAAGUGGUUUAUACCGGCGGAUUCAUGAGAAUCUAAGCUUUCCAUCGGUGUAUAGUGUUUGUAUAAUCACGUUUGCAGUUUCAGACAUUUAGCAAAUUGCUUAUGCAGAUCUCAAAGUGUACAGCGGGCGGGACACUGAAGCGCAACGGGUUAACAGAUCUUCACAUUCUGGAGGAAGUAAUGGUGUGGAGUUACAUCAAAGGCAUUCAGGUAGGAAGACAAGUUCUAAUGGAAGAAAACUUUUAAAUAUGAGACUUUGAUAGAGGGCUGCACAGUGAGGGAGUGGUUAGCACUGUCGCCUUGCAGCAAGAAGAUCCCUGGUUUGAGUCCCAGGGUGGGCCUGGGAUCUUUCUGCAUGGAGUUUGCAUGUUCUCCCUGUGCAUGCGUGGGUUUUCUCCGGGUACUCUGGCUUCCUCCCACAGUCCAAAAAUAUGCUGAGGUUAAUUGAUUACUCUAAAUUGCCCGUAGGUGUGAAUGUGAGUGUGACUGUUUGUCUGUAUAUGUAGCCCUGCGACAGACUGGCGACCUGUCCAGGGUGUCCCCUGCCUUCGCCCGAGUCAGCUGGGAUAGGCUCCAGAAGCCCACGCGACCCUAGUGAGGAUAAAGCGGUGUAUAGAGAUGGAUGGAUGGAUUUUGAUAGACAGAGUAGAGUUUUUAGGCGUUUAAUCAAUAAUUUUAAUACUCAUGAAGCGCCUUUAUUUUGACCUUUUCUGUGCAACAUACAAAAUGUACUCCUGAAUGACAGCGUGUACAGAUUUUUUAAUACAUAGAAAUAAUGUCAGUUUUGUGUUAUGAGGCUACAUUUUGUAUGGGAUUCUGGUCAUUAUAUAUCAUGAUACAGCUUUGGUGAGUUUUCUUAAAUGCUGCAUUUCAGUUGUGAGACUACUUGAUUGUUAUUGUUGAAAAAUGAACAAUGGAUCUCUUUGGUCAUCAUAUUUAACGCCUGUUUGUCUUAAAUUUCUGAAUACCAGAAUAGUUGUAUAGCAACACUAUAUCAAUACACAGUCUAAUUGUUUGGAUAUGUGAUAUGACUCAGCUGUUUUGAAAGCUAAUCCAGCUUUAUUUACAUCAUAUUAGACGCCCUUGAAUGUGAAACUUGGUGAGGAGUUCACUCGUCUUUCUCAAUUAACAGCUGCACAAGAUCACCUUGCAAAUCUGAAAUUAGCAACAUACUUGUGAAUACUUUCAAUUUGAAUGUGAAACACAAAAGUGCACUAAAGCGAUGAGCAACAAGCAGUAACUGUGCUUUGGAUCCCUUUGGUAAUCAUCCCAAUUUUUUUUCUAAUGGUUUCCUAGAAGGUGUUGCUAACUUCUCACUGAUCUCCUUCCAAGUUGCAGAAGGAACCCCGGGAAUGCGAGUCACUUCCCCAUGUGGCUUCCCCAAGUUAUGUAGCCCGUACCCACAGCUUUGUCUGAACUUUAGCAUGCUUCGAUAUUUACAGUGUCUGUCUGUCUCUCAGAGCAGAUAGUCACACUGGGGACUCCUUUGAAUGACAGGAGAAUUGAAAAGGAGCUCAGCAGGGGUGUGUCUGGAAAUAGAGGCACAUGGUAGGCAGAUGGUACCUCGGCGAUUCCCACAUGAAGGCCAGCUGCGACAAACUUGGAUGCACUGGCUGAUAAUAAUCACAGUGCGUCUUCAUUUGGGAUUUGGUCGGAAAUUCCGCAUCACCUUGUUGGAUGCUGAGAGAAUCAUCUGACCUCAUGUUACAGAUGGGUCCCGCUGCCUCUCAGGCUCCUUCUCAUCUGUGUUUGUGUCUUCAGUCUUUCUCUUUGAAUUCAAUGCCUGGUAGGAUUGCCUAGAAGAGUCAUAGUCCAAAGCAUUGUGCGGCUUGAAGCAGAGGGACAGUAACACAAGGAAACCUGAAACUGAUCCUAACGCUUUGAAUUUCUGAAUGGGCAGGGCUGAGGGGACACUGACCUGCCUGUGCGGACGUGGGCUAGGGCUCUGCUUAUUUGCUGGUUUUGACUCUCUCUCUCUCUCUCUCUCUCUCUCUCUCUCUCUCUCUCUCACUCACUCUCACUGUUGUGUGCUCUCUCUCUCUUCUUCCAGUACUGGCCAGAGCUCCAGCUGUAGGUGGAGCUGGCUUUCCUGGAAUUGUCGGGCAACUUUUCCUGUUGUGCUUGCUACCUCUUGCUCAAUCUCUCGCUUAAUGACAGCUCUGCAGCAGGACUACUGGGGCUGCGAAGACUUGUACCAUCUGGAUGCACAUCUCUACAACAUGCUGGAGUUAAUGACUGGUGCAUUUGUUAUUGUAAACAUAUUUUCAUGAUUCAGGUCAGAAGUUUUCCUUCAGCAAAAAUGUCUCGGCAGUGCAAAGUGGGGCGAAAUCCAUCGAUAGCUGAUCAGCUUCCCUGGAUUUCGCUGACAGUCCCACUUCGUUUUGCCUGAAAAUGGAAACACUGGAGUCGGAGCUGACCUGCCCAAUCUGUCUGGAGCUUUUUGAGGACCCGCUGCUCUUGCCCUGCGCUCACAGUCUUUGUUUCAACUGUGCCCACCGAAUCCUGGUCUCCCACUGCACCCCCAGCGAGCCAAUUCAGUCCAUCAGCGCCUUUCAGUGCCCGACCUGCCGCUAUGUCAUCACCCUCAACCAGAGGGGCCUAGAGGGACUCAAACGCAACGUAACCCUGCAGAACAUCAUUGAUCGCUACCAGAAGGCUUCCUUAAGUGGACCUAACUCCCCAAACGAGACCCGGCGUGAGAGAGCCGUCCCCGACAGCAGAGCCAUGACAUCUCCCAGUGACCGGGUGCAGUGUCAGUUCUGCGAGCAGGACCCUCCGCAGGACGCCGUGAAGACCUGCGUAACCUGCGAGGUGUCGUACUGCGAGGAGUGUCUCAAGGCCACCCAUCCCAACAAGAAGCCCUUCACGGGCCACCGUCUAAUCGAGCCCUUGCUGGACUCCCAUCUGCGAGGGCUUAUGUGUCUGGAGCACGAGGAUGAGAAGGUCAACAUGUACUGCGUGACAGAUGAACAGUUGAUCUGUGCAUUGUGUAAGCUGGUCGGCCGACACCGAGACCACCAAGUAGCAGCCCUCGGCGACCGAUACGACAAGCUCAAGAAAUCUCCUGGCCGCUUUCUCUGUGUGGGCCGUGAACAUUCACACCAGGAGGCAGACCAGCAAGCCUUGGAUUCCAACCUCAGCAAUCUAAUCAAGAGGACCAGUGAGUUGGAAAGUCUGAUGGGCAAACUUAUCCAAACCUGCCAACACGUGGAGGUAAAUGCAUCGCGGCAGGAAAACAAGCUGCUAGAAGAGUGUGACCUGCUGAUUAAUAUCAUACAGCAGCGAAGACAAAUCAUAGCGACCAAGAUAAAGGAGGGGAAGUCUGUGAGGCUGAGGAAGCUCGCCCAGCAGAUAGCCAGCUGUAAACAGUGCAUCGAGAGGUCCUCGUCCCUCAUCACUCAGGCUGACCAAACUCUCAAGGAGACCGACCACACUCGCUUCCUUCAGACGGCUAAAAGUAUCUGCGAGAGAGUCUCUAUGGCAACAGCGUCCUCCCAAAUCCUGUUACCAGAAAUAAACCUGAAUGACACCUUUGACACUUUUGCUUUGGACUUCACAAGAGAGAAGAAAAUGCUAGAAAGCUUGGAUUACCUCACUGCACCAAAUCCCCCAGUAAUCCGCGAGGAGUUAUGCACGGCUUCGUAUGACACGAUCACAGUUCACUGGACAUCAGACGAUGAAUUCUCUGUUGUAUCAUAUGAACUUCAGUACGCCAUCUUCACCAGCCAAUCUAAUGUUGUCAGCUUGUGUAACUCCGCUGACAGCUGGAUGAUAGUACCAAACAUCAAACAAAAUCACUACACUGUGCACGGACUCCAGUGUGGCACCAAGUACAUUUUCAUAGUGAAGGCCAUAAACCAGGCUGGAAACCGCAGCAGUGAACCGGGGAAACUGAAAACCAACAGUCAGCCAUUCAAAUUGGACCCGAAGUCUGCUCACCGAAAGCUGAGGGUGUCCCACGACAACCUGACAGUAGAGAGGGACGAGACUUCGUCCAAGAAGAGCCACAGCCAGGACCGCUUCUCCAGUCACAGCAGCUACGGUGUCACAGGAAAUGUCUACAUUGACAGCGGCCGCCAUUACUGGGAGGCUCUGAUAGGAGGGAGCACAUGGUUCGCAGUGGGCAUUGCUUACAAGUCGGCACCAAAGCACGAGUGGGUUGGCAAAAACUCGGCCUCCUGGGUACUGUCUCGCUGCAACAACUCCUGGGUGGUGCGUCACAACAGCAAGGAGAUGCCCAUCGAGCCUUCGCCCCACCUGCGGCGUCUCGGGGUGUUGUUGGACUAUGACACUGGGUCUCUGUCUUUCUACGACGCCGUUGGAUCGCAGCACUUGUACACGUUUGACAUUGCCUUUGCGCAGCCAGUGUGCCCUGUGUUCAACGUGUGGAACAGGUGUUUAACAAUCCUCAGUGGACUGCCGAUCCCCGAUCACUUAGAGGGAACAGACUACAACAACUGAAAAAACACAUUUUCUUUUUGUAUCCAAAAAGAGACCGGACUGCCUGCACCUGUUAAACUGUGAUGACCACAUUUUUUAUGGUAGGAAGAGAGUACAAAAAAAAGGCUGUUGUCAAUUGAGAUGCAAUGACCUCGGUGUCCAUUCUUAAGCAAGCCUAUGUUGAAACAAAUUGGAAUAAUUUAAGAAAUAUUUUCAGGCACUUGUAAAUGUAUUUCUUUGCUUUGCACAUUUAUGCACAUUGCUCUGCUGGGUGGUUUUAACGGUUUACUGACAUUUUAAAAAACUCAUGGAGAUAUUUUCAAAUGGGCUGAAUAUUGUUUUUAGCAUUAUUUUAAAAUUCAUAUUACACACUUUUGCAUUCAUGUCUUGUUAAGGUCGAUGAUAAACCUUGAACAGCAAGUGACAAGAGGGACUCUUUGGCUUGAAUGAUUCUGGGAAGUUAAUUUAAAGGCUGUUAAUGUUUUUAAAGAUUGUUUUAAUUCAUUGCACUUUGAUAAGACAGAGUUGUCACUAUAAAUGCAUUUCUAAGCCACUUCUACAUAAUACAAAUGUUUACUUGUCAUUGUAUUUUAAGGAAAUUGCACUUAAAUAGAUCCGGAAACAAUAGUUAAAAACAGUUUCACUUAGAGGUCCUAAUUUGCAAUCAGUCACUUCAGCCAUUUUUAAGUAUUUAUCUGUAAAUGUACAGUUUCAUCUCCUUACAGCGAUUUCCAAACAAACCUUCAUCACAAUGUUAACAUUUAAGUUCUAAGAUUUAAUAAAAAUGACUUCACAUAA